ACGAGCAUUUAAAGUACAGACUUGGUUAGGGAUACGUUGUUGGUGAGCGCAUGAAGAGAACUUCUUUAUAAAAACAAAUAAUUGUUCCAUUAGAGUUUUUGUAUGUGCGGAAGAAUUGUUAAAGUUCCUGGUUCUCCACAUGUAUCCAUAGAUACCCUUUUAUUUAUCAGUUUGACGAACGUCUGAAAAGAAAUGGGUCUUCGUACAGCAGACAGUGCUUCUAAGAAUGAAAAAGCCACUAAGAGUGGGAGCUGUCUUGGUCCAGCAAGACCCAGGCUAAGAAGCAGCAGCGAUGGAAACAUUUACACCAGAAGAACAGUUGGUGGCUGCAGUUCUUUCUCCUCCCUCACACUCUCCAACCCUAAAUCAGUCUUGAGGAGACCAGUGAGCACAGAGGAACUGCAAACACCAGGCGGCCCCUACAUUAAGAAAACAUUCACAAUUGUGGGUGAUGCAGUGGGAUGGGGGUUUGUGGUUAGAGGAAAGCAGCCAUGCUACAUUCAGGCUGUGGAGCCAUUUGGUCCAGCUGCUGUUGCUGGGAUGAAGGUACGACAGUUUGUGGUGUCUGUGAAUGGUCUCAAUGUUCUCGAUCUGGACUACCGGACAGUCAGCCACCUGAUCCUCACCGGACCCAGAACUGUAGUGAUGGAGGUGAUGGAGGAAAGAGACCACUGGGGAGAAGAAGAAAUGCAAUUUACUCAAGAAUCAAACUAGAGAAUAAUUACCACAUGUUGAGAGGCAGGAUAGGUUCUUUUUAGACUGCAGUUUUGAAUCAAAUAUGUAGUUCAGUAUUUUAUCAGACACAUGGGAUCUUGUGUUCUGGAAAUUGUAAAAUUCAGUCUUAGAUGAGCACAUCGGCCAAUUCAUCACUGACCAGCAACCUGCUCAAAAACAAGAUUUCUAGAGUUCCAGAAGAAAAAAAAGGGCCAAAAUUAUGGCAAAUGACUCUUAGACUGAAGUAAAUGGGUGUCAUGAUUUAGUCCAAGAGUUUAACUAUUGUCAUUUAUGGCAUUAAGAAUUGGUACAAUGUUUAAAUUCAAGCCUUAGAAAUGUUGGAAAGUGUUAUGCAGAAGAAUGAAAUGCAUUGCAUUUCACUGGCAGCUAAAAUGCUACUGGAAUAUCUGAAACAAAAAUAGCUCAUAUGUCUUUAAACGGGUUGAAAAUGUUAAAAUCAAUCAAUCAAGUUUAUUUGUAUAACACAUUUUAGCUACGAGGCAGAUUUACAUCAUGAAAACAUCAUAAACACUUCGGUUUUGAGUGACGUUUUCAGAUUAUCUGAGGUGUCUGACAGAAAAAGACAUCUCGUGUCUGGAAAAAAUGUGAACAAUAGAUGAAAAUAUAUAUGAAUGACUCAGCAAAAAUGUAUUGUUUUAAAACUAGAAUUGCUCCAAUUGAAAAUUGGUUAUUUAAAAGCUUGUAAAGCGCCUUAAAAUGUGUCCUAUAAAGUCACAUUGGGUUGUUGGGGAAAASCUAAACUCUUCAGAAAUAAUUCCACCCAUCUUGUGUUUCCCUCUUCAACAUACCAGCAUAUGUGUGCCUUAUAAGCCCAUUUCACCUCCUUGCAACUGUUAGACAAACCAUCUGAGCCAACACACAGCACAGCGUUUAUGGUUGCAGUUAUCAUUUGAGUAUCUUCGAGUUUAAGUCAGGAUCUAUCUGUUGUGUCAUUUGACCUAAAUAGUUUUUAAACCUGUAUCAAUUUGGUUCAUCAUAAUUUCAACCUGUUAAAUGCUACCUCAGUGUCCAUGGGAGAAUAUAUUGAAAAUAUAUUCUGGAAUUAAUCGUGCUGUUCUCAUUUCUUUUCCGUGGUUACUUGGACUUUAAACUCUGCCACUUUACUGCCUGUCUGUUCACAAACCCAGUAUCAACAGAAGGAACAUUUCCACUGACUGACCUGCUCACACAAAAACAUGUCUGGCCUCAAAAAAACGCCCCUCUAAGACCCUCUGAUUGUGUUUGUCUUUCCAUCCACGCCAUUCUGAUUCCCAGAAAGGAAAUAGGAGGUGUGUAGUAGAAGUGUGAGGCAGAUAAACAACUUAACAAAAAUAAAGAUUGUGACUCACGA